CAUGUCCACUGCGCCACCAAAGCCUCGUUUUAGACGUCGUUUCGUUGUGAUCUCUUCAAUCAUCGUUGAACCCAGGAAAGUGUUUGAAGGAAGGUAGCAAGACCCCUAAGAAAAAAUGAGUGAUCAACUAACCGAAGAACAGAUCGCAGAAUUCAAGGAGGCUUUCUCCUUAUUCGACAAGGAUGGCGACGGCUGCAUCACCACGAAAGAGUUGGGUACCGUCAUGAGAUCUUUGGGACAGAAUCCUACUGAAGCCGAGCUGCAGGACAUGAUCAACGAGGUCGAUGCUGAUGGUAACGGAACGAUUGAUUUCGCCGAGUUUCUCACGAUGAUGGCCAGGAAGAUGAAAGAAUCAGAUUCAGAAGAGGAAAUCAAGGAAGCGUUCCGAGUGUUCGACAAGGACGGCAAUGGUUUCAUCAGCGCGGCCGAGUUACGGCACGUCAUGACCAACCUCGGCGAGAAACUGACUGAUGAUGAAGUGGAUGAGAUGAUCAGGGAGGCUGACAUUGAUGGAGAUGGACAGGUUAAUUAUGAAGAAUUCGUGAAGAUGAUGGGCAAUAAUUAAACCUUCCCAAGGACCCUGUGAUGCCAUGCAUAAGCACAAUCUCUGCGUCGAUACAACUCGCUAUUAUAUGACGAACAAUCGAAAAAGGUCGAUCUGGACAGAAGUCGUUUCUGCCACGAUUUGCACUCUAGCCAAAGGAAUAAUGUUGCGUGUCGCUAUCUUCAAUCCAAUAUAUAGUAGAACUAUAACAAAGGCAAUUACUUGGACCAACUAUCAGAAGGUAGAAAUUGAUCAACAAGUUGCAAAACGCGGCGAGAAACGCUCAAGUAACGGGCCUUAAGAGUAAGACGAGAGAACGAAAACCAGAAGGAGCUCACAAAUAACUCAGAACUUUGGUUUUUGAUCAAACUUCUGAGAGCCCUUCAUUUUAGCUUUAUCUUUGAAUCUGUAGCAUAUGCCUCGUAACGUUCUCUUCUCUGCAAUGGGAUAAUGUCAAGUCAUACUAUUUCACUUUCGAAUAGAAAACAUAUCACAGAAAAUAAAGUGUUGUGUUAUUA